UAAACGUGUAACUAAUUAGAUGAUUAUCAUUUAAUAUCAAAAUAUAGUUUUAUGGUUUUUAACUAGUUUGUGAUUUGUAAAUUAGUAAAAAUAAGAUGGAGCACUUGAAGAGUGCUGCUUUGCUACUUUUAUCUGAAAAAUGUUAUCAUAAUUAUUUUGAAGAUUUUAACUUUUUGGAUGUUCCAUGUUUUAAAGCUACACUUUCCAAAGGCUUAGGACUGGGUAUUAUAGCUGGCUCUAUUCUAGUAAAAGUACCACAAAUACUUAAAAUAUCCUCUAAUAAAAGUGGCCAAGGAAUCAAUAUACUUAGUGUUUUAUUAGAUUUAUUUGUAAUCACUUCUACUGUAGCAUAUGGCUUUGUAAAAGGUUUUCCAUUUUCUUCUUGGGGUGAAGGCUCCUUCUUGGCAAUACAGACUGGUGCCAUAGCAUUUCUUGUGUUAUUGUAUAGUGGAUCAAAAGCAAAAGCUUACGCAUUCUUGCUGCUUUAUUGUGUAGCAUGUUACACAUUAAUGAGCGGUUUAACACCAGUGGAUAUUCUAUGGUCUAUGCAAGCAUUUAAUGUUCCAAUUCUACUUCUUGGAAAGUUGACUCAAGCUUACACAAACUAUUCCAAUGGAAGCACUGGACAAUUAUCAGCAAUAACUUGCUUUAUGCUGUUUAUGGGAUCAGUAGCCAGAAUAUUUACAUCGAUUCAAGAAACUGGUGACAAUAUGAUGAUUUUAACAUAUUGUGUAUCAUCUUUUGCGAAUUCCAUUAUUGUUGCACAAUUACUAUGGUACUGGAACGCAAAACAGCCAACAAAAAGCCAAAAAGCAAAACUGAAGAAAAAGAAGCACUAGUACAGCAAAAGUGGUAUACAUUAAAUUUUUUUUACAUAGCAAGUACAAAUGUUUAUGUGGUACUAAGACUGUUGCAAGUCUGUUGUAAGCAUUUAUAAAGCAAUGAGAACAAAUAUUUUGUAAAGACUGUUUGUUUCAUGUGAUAAUAAAAAAUGUAAAA